AUGGCUAUGAUGAAUAUCUCGCAAAUUACCAAUGAACAACAAUGCCUUGAUGUUCCGCUACCUCCACCAGGUCGUAUUCGAUCGCAUUCGUUGAAACCUCGGCAUUCAAAACUGGAUUAUGCUCGACGGCAAUCAGCCGCUGGUGCAUCAUCAGUAUCAACGACACCACCACCAACAACAACAAUAACAACAGGCAUGAAACUAUCGACUGAAAACAGUGAACUUCAAAAAGCGAAUACACCGCCACCAAGACGCACUUCUACACCAUGGUUUCAACGACGUUUUACAGUAUUUUCAUUUGAUCAACAACAAAAUGCAUCAUCAAAUCAACAACGACGCAUGACAAUGGGUCGUUAUUCAGUUUUCAGCGAUAAACCUAACGCAAAUUUAAUAAGACAAAAACGUCCGAGUGUUAUAUCACAAGUUGUUGAGUCAUUUACACGACGAUUUUCAUUAGGAAAGAAAAAGCAUCAUAAUGAUUCUGAGCCAAAUGAAACAAUUGUUGAUCCGGUUUAUGAAACAUUAAAAAUGGCUGCUGAAACACGCAAAAUGGCAGUUGCUAAUUAUUUACAACAACGACAACAAACGCUCAAUAAACAAGUGUCGCUCAAUAGCCAAGGCUCGUCUGAAUUAGAUAUUCAAUCGUCACCAAAAGCAUCGCGUCAUGCAAGUCGAACCGAAGCAGAAAUAACUUCAACAUUACGACCCACAUUACCAUCUGGAAAUCGACAAGGAGCGUCAUCGAUAGAUAAUGCACGUGUAACAAAUUGCUAA